AUGGGAGAUAAAAACAACGAAAGAAUUUCAAUAAACCUACCCGAUGAAAUCACGAAUAACGAUAGUGAUAUUGAUUUGUAUGAUUUGUAUGAUUUGUAUCAUGACUACGUGGCUGCUGAAGCCUUGCCUGAAGACGGUAAAACGUUAUUUGAAGAUGCUGGUGCCUUGCCUGAAGACGGUAUGUUAUUUGAAGAUGCUGGUGCCUUGCCUGAAGACGCUUUGAAUACUGUAGUUCUGUAG